AUGCGCAUUCCCAUUCAUACGGGCGGCGCGCCUGGGCAUGGACUGAGCGGUGAUGUUCCGCCUCCUCUAGUGCGCCUGAGUCCGGAUGGAGAGCUAGUGCUAGUCGAGCUACAGGGCUCCCUGGAGAUGGAUGGGUCUGACGUUCAUGGCGACCAUGUCCUGGGGACAUUGACGUUCCCUGCGGGGCGCGAGAACCAGCCGGUCUUGCAGAUUUCGCACCACCGACUCGAGGGCACUUUCGUGAAGCUGCGUCGUCCUCUUGCGGUGAUGGUGAAGCAGACGCAGGCACCUUCGCCUACCACUCCGUCGUCGCCGAAUCCUUUUACUUCGCCGCCAAGCUCGCCGCCAGCGUCACCUACCUUGGCCCGAAAGCGUGCGCGAACAUCGGAGAGCGAUGCGGCGCCUGCCCGGACGUCUCGUCCGCCGGCUACUGCGCUUAGCAGCAGUCCGAUGCCGCCGCCGCCCGUGCGCUGGUCGGAUGGGCACAUGGACUUUUCGUCGCCGAAUGUGCGAGCUGGCGCCGGGCCGCGCCGUCCACCUAUGACGUCAUACAAGGUUGUGACUCUCGUGCGCCAAAAGCUGCUUUUCUCCAAGCGGCCAGAGCCGAUCGUCAAGUUGACCAAUGCAGAUACCCUACAGUAG